UGGGUCUUUUAUCGUACCACAUACGCCUGCUGGAGUUGCAUACUUCAAAUGACAUUAGCUUUAGCCUUGCUAAGGUUGUUUUAUUGUUAAAUAAACUGUAAAAAAGGAAUAAACUGUAAUAAAGGAAUAAACAGUAUGGACGCGUUGAAGUGGAAUAAGCGCGCCGCGAUGGUGUACGCGGUCGGAGUCUGGACUAUGCUCGGGUCUUACGGGUACUACAGAUACACGCACAGAAACGACCCGCCGGUUCAAAUGCCUGAAAUGGAGGAAGACACACGGCCAAACGUGAAAAAGAUUGAAACACCACAUUCUACGACCAUAAUGGUCUACAAAGAAAACAAUUUUGUGCCGUAUUCUACAAGAUUUUUGAACCUUUUCCGGAAGGCAGAUGACAGCUCUUCAGGACCUCAAACUGAUGAUAAAUAAGGACUUAAAACUGGUUUAAGGACUGAAAGAAGAAUGAGUGAACUGGACUGUUUCUUCAAAGUUUCAGUUUAAAGUAAAAAAUCUAAUGUAAAAUAUAUAAAGUAUUUGUGCCUACUAUAAAAGAAAGUCAUCAGCUUCUGUAUUUUUUGCUGUGUAAAAUCAAUGCAAUUUGAUCUCUGAAUGUUGUUUUUUCUUGUCAUUGAUCAAGUUUGUAAUAUUUGGAAAUUAUUUAAAAUGAGAGUAUUGUUAGUGUUUGGUUUAACUGUGCUAUCCAUCAGAACUGACAACAUUGCUGAAAAUAGACUUUGUGACUGUUGAAGCAGGAUAUAUGAAGUGGCUACACCCAUCAGGCUGUUGAUGAGUUGUGAACAGCCAGUGUCAUUUAGAAAAUUGCAGUUUUGAAGAAACAUCAAUUAAAAACACAGAACAAAGAA